GAAGCGGAUUAGCUGAGCCGGGGAGAUUGCCGUGGCGUCUCCGCCUCCCUCGUCGCCGUCGCAGCGCAGCCGUGCGCCACCGUCUCCGUCGCGCGCCGGAUUCCAUUCUCCCCAUCGGCCAUCGCGCCAUACUCUCCUCCUCCUCACCACCACAUGCCCGAUUCCACAGCCUAACCCCGCUGCCUGAUUCCAUCCCAUUCCCCUCCCGGAGGCCGCCCGAGAUGUACCACGCGAUGCGGUUGCGUUGCCUCCUUACGCGCCCGGCGGUCUCCCUCGGCAUCGCGGCCAGCGGAGGUGGUGGGGGAUGCUUCGCCAGGAGAUUCGGCGCCGUCGCGGCGCCGCGGCCUUGGGGCUCCGGCCGGCGUCUGUGCCGGUUCUACGGCUCCUCGAAGGGCGGCGUGGGCAGCGCCGAGACGAGGAGCGCCGCCGCGGCAGAGGGGAGCACCGGGCGAUUCAGCGAGCAGGAGCACGCGAAGCUCGGGGAGAGGGACCAGCAGGAAUGGCUGAGCGGCGAGAGGUUCCUCACUGAUUGCAAGAGGCGGGAGUCGCCGUUCCUCACCAGACGGGAGAGGUUCCGCAACGAGUUCCUACGUCGCGUCGUGCCAUGGGAGAAGGGGAACCUCACAUGGCAGAAUUUCCCGUACUAUGUCAAUGAGAAUGCGAGGCAGCUACUGAGUGAGUGUACAGCGUCCCACCUACGGCACAAGGGCGUCACGUCAGAAUAUGGUUCUCGUUUGCAAUCCUCUGGAGGGAGGAUACUGCUACAGAGCUUGCCAGGGACUGAGCUUUACAGGGAGAGAUUGGUAAGAGCUCUCGCACAUGAGUUGCAGGUUCCGCUACUGGUCCUGGACAGCAGCGUUCUGGCUCCAUAUGAUUAUGGGGAUGACUAUUCAGAAAGUGAAGAGGAUGAUCAUGAUGAGUCAGAGGAUGAGGAAUCUGAAACUGAAGAUGAAGAUGAAGGUGAUGAAGACUGGACAAGCAACGGUGAUGCUAAAUCUGAUGAAAGUGACGAUGAGGAUGCUCUAAAAUCUGUGGAAGAACUGAAGAAGUCUGUGGACCGCCUCAGGAAAUUGGUUCCAUGUACCAUUGAGGAAUUUGCCAAGAGAGUUUCUGGUCCAGAAGAAGGCACAACAUCAGGAUCAUCUGAAAGUCCUGAGUCAUCUGUGGAAGAGAAAAGGCCUUACCAAAGAGGAGAUAGGGUCAAGUAUGUUGGAUCCCCGGAAGCCUUUGAAGCAGAUCAGAGGAUCAUUUUAGGGAAAAUACCUACUCAAGAUGGCUCAAGAAAUGCUUAUACCUUUAUUAGUGGCAGGACUUUAUCAAAGGGACAACGGGGAGAGGUAUAUGAGAUCAAUGGGGAUCAAGUUGCUGUCAUAUUUGACCCUCCUGCAGAGAAGCUGCAUGAUGGUGAUAACGAUGCAGCUAGCAAGGAGGAAAAUGCUAAGGCUUCCAUUUAUUGGGUUGAUUCUCAGGACAUUGUGCAUGACCAUGAUGCUGAAUCAGAAGAUUGGCACAUCGCAAUUGAAGCACUUUGCGAGGUUCUGCCAUCUCUACAGCCAGCAAUCGUCUACUUUCCAGACAGUUCCCAGUGGUUAUCUAGAGCAGUUCCAAAAUCAAAUCGCAGAGAGUUUAUCCAAAAGGUAGAGGAAAUGUUUGACAAACUUCCUGGACCAGUAGUAAUGAUAUGUGGACAGAGCAUAUUGGAAGCAGCAUCCAAGGACAAGGACAAGGAACCUCCGGCGCUGAUGUUCCACAAUCUCUCUCGCCUGUCUUCGCUGCAAUCAUCACUAAAGCGAUUGGAAGGGGGGAUGAAGGGACAAAAAUACUCCAGAUCCAGGAGCAUAUCAAAGCUGUUCACAAAUAGUCUCAUUGUUCCUCUUCCCGAGGAAAACGAGCAACGACGAGUUUUCAAUAGCCAGAUUGAAGAGGAUAGAAAAAUUAUUAUUUCAAGGCAUAACCUUGUUGAAUUGCACAAGGUACUUCAAGAGCAUGAACUAUCAUGUGUUGAGCUUCUGCAUGUGAAAUCUGAUGGUGUUGUUUUAACAAGACAAAAAGCGGAGAAGGUUGUUGGAUGGGCUAGAAGUCAUUAUCUUUCAUCAGCAGCUCUUCCUUCCAUUAAGGGUGACAGAUUAAUCAUCCCUCGUGAGAGUCUGGAUGUGGCCAUUGAAAGGCUGAAGGAACAGGGUGUUAAAACUAAGAGACUCUCUCAAAAUAUAAAGAAUUUGGCUAAAGAUGAGUAUGAACGCAAUUUCAUUUCUGCUGUUGUACCUCCUGGCGAAAUUGGAGUGAAAUUUGAUGAUAUUGGGGCGCUGGAGGAUGUUAAGAGGACGCUGGAUGAGCUCGUUACUCUUCCAAUGAGGAGACCUGAACUUUUCUCUCAUGGGAAUUUGUUAAGGCCCUGCAAAGGUGUUUUGCUCUUUGGGCCUCCUGGAACAGGAAAGACACUCCUGGCAAAGGCACUUGCAACAGAAGCUGGAGCAAAUUUCAUCAGCAUAACUGGUUCUACACUAACAUCAAAGUGGUUUGGAGAUGCUGAGAAACUGACAAAGGCCCUCUUUUCCUUUGCUAGCCGAUUAGCACCUGUUAUCAUAUUUGUGGAUGAGGUUGACAGCUUAUUAGGUGCAAGAGGAGGUGCAUUUGAGCAUGAAGCAACAAGAAGGAUGCGGAACGAAUUUAUGGCAGCUUGGGAUGGUCUAAGGUCCAAAGAGAGCCAACGGAUCCUUAUUCUUGGUGCAACAAAUCGUCCAUUUGAUCUGGAUGAUGCUGUAAUACGGCGUUUGCCUAGACGGAUAUAUGUGGGCCUUCCAGAUGCUCAGAACCGAAUGAAAAUUCUCAGAAUUUUACUUGCUAAAGAAAACUUGGAAUCUGAUUUCAGAUUUGAUGAACUUGCCAAUUCAACAGAAGGUUAUUCAGGAAGCGAUUUGAAGAACCUAUGUAUAGCUGCAGCAUAUAGGCCGGUUCAUGAGCUUUUAGAAGAAGAAAAGAAGGGAGGUUCGUGUAGCCAAAAUACGGGACUACGACCCCUUAAACUCGAUGAUUUUAUUCAAGCAAAAGCCAAGGUAAGCCCAUCUGUUUCCUAUGAUGCGACGAGCAUGAAUGAAUUAAGGAAAUGGAAUGAACAGUACGGUGAAGGUGGCAGCAGGACGAAAUCACCUUUUGGGUUCGGCAACUAACUUGAUUCUCCAACCUUGUUGUAUUUGUAACAUCAAUAGGCUGCAGGAGGUCUCAUUUUUUUACGUAGAGCCUAUUUAUAAAGUUGCAAUCAUCUUGUAAUUACCAUAGUUAAAUAUCUAAUGAAAUAGCAUCUUUUAUCAUUUCAUACCGGCUCGUGUUAUCAUUAUACAAUUAGGAGAAGAUCAGAAAACAGUUAAGAUGGACUGAAAAGGAGACAUAAGUAGCUCCGGCUUUGCUUUAAGCCUGAUCAA